AUGCUGGAGGUGAGGGGGGAGGGGGAGGGGGAAGACGAGAGUGCGAGUGAGAGUGAGGGGGAUGAGGAAGGUGGUCGUGGGAGGAGAAGGCGGAGGAGGACUAGUGUUUCGACGGUGCAGUCUUAUCAAUUGUACACGCCCGAUGAGGAGGCAGAGGUGGUGGGGAUUUUCGAUAAGAAAUUGGUUUUGUUUGUUGCGGUAUUGUAUAUGCUUUCGUUUCUGGAUCGGUCCAGUGAGUAACCCCUCCCUCCACUUGUUGGUUUAUUGGAUGCGAAAUUGAUGUGCUGGGUUAUAGAUAUUGGGAAUGCCCGGAUUGCGGGCCUGGAUCGAGAUCUACAACUUGAUUCUGUGAGGUACGAAUGGGUUGUUACGGCUUUUUAUAUUGCGUACAUAUCUUUUGAGUGGAUGUCGAUUUUGUGGAAGUUGAUUCCGGCGCAUAUCUACCUUACGGCUAUCGUGCUGUCUUGGGGGUUGGUGGCUUCUUUGCAAUCCGUUACUACGUCUUUCGAAGGUCUUUUGGUUCUACGUGUGUUGUUGGGGAUUGGGGAGGCGGGGUUUACGGGAAUACCUUUUUACCUGUCAUUCUUUUAUAAAAGGGAGGAGCUGGCAUUGAGGACAGGGUACUUUGUAUCAGCUGCGCCAUUGGCAACGUCUUUUGCGAGUACAUUGGCGUGGGCGAUUAUAACAUUGGGGAAGCACUCUCCGAUCGCAUCGUGGAGAUUGCUUUUUCUGCUUGAAGGGUUUCCCAGUGUGCUUGUUGCGGUAAUAGCAUGGCACCUCAUCCCGGAUUCUCCUUCUACAGCGCCAUAUCUCACAACGAGACAGAAGCGCAUCGCUCGUUUACGUCUACGUUCACAAACCUCCAAAUCAUCUCGAACCCGGGGGUUGAAUAAAUUCGAAGUGAUCCACACCCUCACAGAUAUCAAAACAUACAUCACAGCCUUAAUAUUCUUCUUCACCAACCUCGCCUUCUCCUCUCUCCCCGUCUUCCUACCAACCAUAAUCCACGACAUGGGCCACAGCGUCAGCAUCUCCCAAGCCCUCUCCGCACCCCCCUUCCUCUUCUCCUUCGCCGUCGUCCUCCUAACCUCCUACCUCUCCGACAAACACCGCACAAGAUCCCCCUUCGUCCUAUCCCUCGCCCUCCUCUCCGCAACAGGCUACACCAUCCUCGCAUUAUCCCCCUACCUCCACCUCUCACCCCUAACCCGCUACCUAGCCCUCUUCCCCGCCUCCGCGGGCUUCUUCAGCGUCGUCACCUUGACCAUCACCUGGUCCAUCAACAACGAAGCGUCGGAAUCCGGGAGAGGCGUGGGAUUCGCGGUACUGCAGGUUAUUGGACAGUGUGGGCCGCUGGUGGGUGUGAGGCUUUAUCCUAAGGCGGAGGCGCCGUUUUAUGUCAGGGGCAUGGGGGUUUGUGCUGGGAGUAUGGUGGUUGUGGGGUUUUUGUGUGGGGGGUUGAGGUGG